AGAAUCUCUAAGGGAUUUCAGGAGGAUGCCAGGGACCAGAAGUAGCCCAAGAUACUUUAAUGCCUGAGGGCAGGAUUUCCACCGAGAAAGAGACAAAGAUCUGAGCAACACCCAGACAGCAGGACUUCACACAAGGUGCUCUUUCUAAAGAUGGGAAGAAAACUGGAUCUUUCAAAACUGACAGAUGAAGAGGCCAAACAUGUUUGGGAGGUAGUUCAGCGGGACUUUGAUCUGCGCAAAAAAGAGGAAGAACGUUUAGAGGAUCUAAAGGACAAGAUUGAAAAAGAAAGCACAAAGCGAGAGCUGUUGUCCAGUCAAUCUCACCUAAAUGAAACUCACUGCAUCCACUGUCUGCAGCCUUUCAAGUUCCUGGUAAACAGCAAACGCCAAUGCUUAGACUGCCAUUUUUAUACCUGUAAAAACUGCAGCCGCUACAAUAAAAAGGAGCAAGGUUGGGUGUGUGAUCCAUGCCGUUUAUCCAGGAUUGUGAAGACUGGAUCUCUGGAGUGGUAUUAUGAACAUGUAAAAUCCCGUUUCAAGCGAUUUGGAAGUGCUAAGGUGAUGCGAUCUCUGUAUGGAAGGAUGACACACGGACAGAAAAGGGACCCUACCUUGCUUGGUAUGGGCAUGGGUCUUGGUCUUCAUGACAGAGUGUAUAGCUUGCCAGAUAUCAACAGUGGUUACCAACACUAUGGUGGGAAUGACGACAGUGAGGAGGGAGAGCGUGAUGAUGCCAUUGAUGGUGCAGAAGCUGAAUAUUAUACUAAGAUGCGCAAGACAAAGCGCCUGCUGUCUGUCCAUCCCUUUGAUUUUGAAAUGGACUCAGAAUACUCGGCUCAAUCUCGCCGUCAGUCUGUGCAGCUCUCUCCAGGCCGUGGCAAUGAAGGCCUUCAGAGCUUUGCAGAAUUUCCAAGUGCUGAGGAAGACACUUCACAGAAGGAAUCGAUGAUAGCAGAAGCAGACCUGGCCGCCGUAUUCCAUCAUCUCCUGCAGGAGCAGGGUCAGCUCACAUCUCCUCCAGAGCAGGAGUUCAGCACAGAGCUGCGGCUCACGGUGAACUCUCAUUCUAGAAGCCUGGAAAGAAUGCCCAAGCCUGGCAGCCCAUGGAAUGAGCAGCAACGGUCCCAGUAUUCAGCUGAUAUGGACACUUCGGACGAAGAUGUGAAAGGCACUCAGAAGAUAUUUGCCCAUCAGCCGCACCACACCAAGCGCAGGAGCCGAGCUUCAUCCCAGGAAAACAUAAAUCACUCUGGAAAUCAGAUACUUGAACUCAACAAACGCAUGUCAGCUAUCGAGCGCAUGCUGAACCGUCUUGAGGAAAAGAUCCUCGUUCAUUCAGAAGAGCCUCUUGCUCCUGGGACCCACACUGAUCCUAGCAUAGAAGAGAAGGAACUGAAGAGAAAACUAGAAGAGCUGGCAAGUAACAUAAGUGAUAACGUUUCUUCUGAAGAAGAAGAAGAAGAAGGAAAAAAAGAGGGAAAGAAGAAUGAAGAGUCCAAGCCAGAAAUGAGCUCAUCCAGUGAUGACCUUCCUACUGAUGCUAAGAAGGUAUACCUUCCUCCUGGAAAGGCCUAUGGGCUAGAGAAUAAGCUGAGAGACCCCGAUGACCAUGCCCUGCACAGUGCAACCACAGAUUCAGAGCUAUCCGAACUGGAGGACAAAGUGGCUUCUGCAAUGGCUCAAGUGCAGCACACAGAGAGUGAGGUUUCCGAUAUAGAAUCCCGAAUAGCUGCUCUGAGUGCUGCUGGACUGACAGUUAAACCAGUGGAUAAGUCCAAGAAAAAAUCAAGCACCCAGGUCUUCACUCUCCAGCUUCCCAGGAAUGUGUACAACUCUCCAGAGGAUCAGAGUUCAGACUCUCCUGUUACAGUAUCUCCUGAUGACUUCAAAGUAAUGUCUAUGCCACAUGUAUUGAGGAGAAAAUUCACCUCUUCUCUAGAAAUUGCAGGCAAUGCUGACUCCUUUGCUCGGAACUCCCAUUACAGAGGAUCUUUGACACAGAGAAACCCAAAUGGAAAAAACAGGAAAGCAGAUCGCAUCUUUGCGAAACCUGUGAUGACCCAUAGGUCUUGAAAAUGAUGACAUCUCCUAUGGCCAAUAACAUGAGCUCAGCUCAGGGUUUCAUUUCCUGAGUCUUCUCUUCCUUUUAUCUUCCUUUUCACCUGGCCGCCUGUGUCAUGAAACAGAGGAAAGAAGCAAGUUACUUCUGAAAGGAAUUGUCUGAAAUGGAGUCCUAAAUUCUUUACUACAACACCAGAACCCACCUUACUAUAAGAAAUUUGUUUCCAGAAUUUACUUGAAUACCAACUCACAGCAUCUGUUAAGCAGGACUAGCAACUUAAGAAUGAAAUCCAGUGGACCCAUGGUUCUGCUCCCCCAUCCCCGCCCUCUUGUCCAUAUUCACAUGUAAUGGACAGGAAGAGAACUGCAGUCAUGGAGACUGCAGAGAGGAGGGGGAGCUGGCUGUGUGGGUUUCCUUCUUGACUGAAGGACAGCCCUGGCAGCCAAUCACAGCCGUGAGGGAAGAGCUUCCUCCUUCAACUCCAGUUGCCGCAUAGUGGGACUGUGGUGCCACAUUCACAAGUAACACUGGCACUGCAAAACUGGAGUUAAAGGCGGCAAAAAUCUCUACAAACCAAAGGUACAAAUUGGAGUCUGGGUAGAUUUUCGGUCCAAACUGCAGUUGCAUGCAUUCGGAUGUACACACAUUUCAACAGGAGGCCCCUUCAGCUCCAGUUUCAUGUUACAUGUGAAUACAGCCUCUAGCUGAAGGAUUUGCAGUUGUACCCAGAUGGGUUCUUGCCUCCCUAUCCAAUAGAUACAUGAAUAAGAAGCUUCUGAAAGCAGCUUGCUAGCCCUAAUUCAUGUCAAGGAUUAGGGCAGGGAGUAAUACUCAGCUGCAUACUAACCAUGAGGAAAUUGCCAUGAUAAGUAGGUGGUAAGUUCUAGUUCAUGUGCCCAUAUAAUGCAACACAUGGUGACCAAAUGUGAUGGGCUGUUUGUAACACAACCUUUGCAAUUCCAUGUCCAAGGAAAAUUGUACCACAAACGAUAUGGUACUUUUUCAUUCUACCCUCCUAUAUGUAUAUUCAUAUUUGGAGCAGAAAUUAAUAUUUGCAUUAAAUACAACAUCUCACAAAUUUUCAGAUUUCUAAUUUUCACAUUUCUAAAUCCUGACUCUUUUAUUUUAAAAAAUGAAGGUCAGACUUCAUUCAUGAAAUUUUAAUGUAGUCCAUUCAUAGCCCUUGCUGAAUGCUAAAAUGUCCCUCCAAAUUUGAGAUUCCAGCUUUCAAUUCUGUUUGUUAUCACAUGCUAAUUUCUAUUCUAUGCCUGUAUUUGCACCAGUUUUGUAGCAAGACAUCCCAUAUGCAAACUCAGCAGAUCUUGGCACCAGCCUUGGAUUACUGGAAGACAUCACUGAAUUAUUGGAGUUGGAACUAUGCUGAAAGGAACUCUUGGUUCAACAUGUGCACCAAGAAGCCUCUGAACCCAGCAGAAGUCAGUUGUCUAAGGGUUAAGACAGAUAGACAUUGUAUAAUGCAUGCAUUCCAAGGCCUUUGUUUGGGCAAAAGAGGUGUGUUCAAGGCACUUUCACCACACUUCAGAAUGUGUGUCUGUCUUCAUCCCAGAAGGACAAACUGAUAUCAUCUUGACCUUGAAAUUAUUGGGUCCAUUGUUUUCUGGCAGUUCUUCUGUGUGAUUGGCACUGAAGCCCAUGGUGGCACCAGUGUUCAUAUUUUCCCCACAUGUCAAAGGUAUACAAGGGAAUUGGGCAUAUGUCCCUAUGUCUUGUUUCUAUAGUUUUAAUCUAUGAAAAGAUGUUUCCCAAUCAUAGAAAGCAUCUGACUUCCUGUGGGGGUAACAGACCCAAGUUUCUCUUUCUUAGUGUAAGCUGCUUCCGCUGUGCCACUGCCAGUAACCAUCUCAUGCUAGAAAAUAUUUUCCAGUUGCAGCUGUGAUAUUGCAGCACCUUGAACUAUGCAAUAUUUCAACCAUUUAUCUCUUAUUUAUAUGUUGCAGUCAACCAUUAAGUGUCCCAGGUGUCCUCCACUGAUGUAAAUUAGUCUCAGAGGUGCAAUCUACAGGAAGCCACCCCACCACUACUGCCGGGGGUUUCUUUUAUCAGGGGGAGCAGCUACAGGUGACUUUGCUUAGACUUAGUAGUGGAACGAAUCCCUUUGCUUUUUCUUUCUGAGAAGAGCAGCUGGGAAGAUGAUUAUUCGGGGCCAGAGGAGCAUGCUUGUUUCUGCACUGCUGGGAGUGGAAAAGCAGCUGGGAGAAAAGCAGUUGGGAGGAGCAGAUUUUAAAUGGACAUACAACUCUGAAGAAAAGAGGUUAAACAGCCGCCACCAACUGCUUGGCCCACCCUCCAUUCAGUCGAAAGCCACUUGUAGCUAUUUUAACUGAUUAAAGAGAGCCGGGGGAGGCGAGUUGAAGAAUCAAAGAGCUACAUGCAACAUACAGUUUUGUCCUAAAAUACAAUAUACUUGUCUUCCACCUCUUUCAGCUAUUAUCCCUGUAUAUAAAAUGUGUGUUUGUGCUAAUCACACAAUAAACUUGACAUUGUGUUCCUAACAGUGAUGUUUA